AUGUUCAGAAACAAUUACGAUAACGAUUCGGUGACCUUCUCACCGCAAGGUCGUAUCUUCCAGGUGGAAUAUGCUCAAGAAGCUGUCAAACAAGGUUCCGUCGUGGUCGGGUUAGUUAGCAAGACACAUGCUGUUCUCGUGGGAUUGAAGCGAAACGCAGAAGAACUCUCCUCCUACCAGAAAAAAGUCAUCGAAAUCGACACACACAUGGGCAUCGCCAUUGCCGGCCUCAGCUCCGACGCCCGCGUCCUCUCCAACUUCAUGAAACAGCAAUCCCUCGGUUCACGAAUGACAUACGGCCGCGCCAUCCCCCUCGACCGAAUCGUAACCCAAAUCGGCGACCGCGCACAAACCAACACACAACAUUACGGGAAACGACCAUACGGUGUCGGGCUACUAGUUGCGGGUGUCGAUGAUGCAGGCCCUCAUUUAUUCGAGUUUCAACCCUCCGGUAUGACUCAGGAGAUGCUUGCGUGCGCGAUUGGGGCUCGGUCACAGAUGGCGAGAACCUACCUAGAAAGAAAUCUGGCGGAAUUUGCGGAUUGUUCGCGUGAGGAGUUGAUUAACCAUGGCCUCAAGGCGUUGAGGGAGACUCUUUCGCAGGAUAAGGAGCUCACGAUUGAUAAUACCACUGUGGGAGUUGUGGGUCUUGUUCCUAAGGAUGCGGCGGCGGCUUCCAAGGGUACGAAGUUGGAGAACUUUAAGCUAUACGAUGGGCAGGACAUUAGUGUGCUGUUGGAGGCAUUGGAUGGAGCGGCUACUGAGGCUGGUGAAAUGGAGGUUGAUACGCAGUGA